AACCUACAAUAACCUAGAAAGAAAGUUUUUGCGAAAACGUUACGAAAUUAUGAAAAAAGACUCGAAUACGAAAGAGAUACGAGCAGCGUGAUUGUUAAUUCUAUAAUCAACGAUAUCUACUAAGGAAGGACGAGACCACGAGCAGUAAUUAGCUCGAAAAGAUGGGUGAGCGCUACAAUAUCCACAGCCAAUUGGAGCAUCUGCAAUCCAAAUAUAUUGGCACCGGACACGCGGACACGACGAAAUUCGAGUGGCUGGUGAAUCAACAUCGGGAUUCUUGCAGCUCGUAUAUGGGUCAUUAUGACUUGCUAAAUUUCUUCGCAAUCGCUGAGAACGAAGCCAAGGCACGAGUCAGAUUCAAUCUUAUGGAGAAGAUGCUGCAACCUUGUGGACCACCACCCGAGAAGCCGGAGGAUUGAAUUGCACCUUUGUCCCUCAACAUUUUUUUUCUUGUGAUAGAAACUCUUGUAAUUCUCGAAAAUAAAAAAGAACAUUAACUUUUUAUUAUUUAUUCAGAUGUUUCAAGAAAAUUUAAUAAACUCGAGUGAAUACUGGAUUUUGAUCAGUUAGAUCAAUUGAUACAUUAUUUGUGAGCGUGUUACAUUUUUACAUCGCAUAUAAAACCAUAAGUGACAUUAAUUGUGCUUGCGUUAACAAAAAUACAUGUACAACACGUUUUUAUGUAA